AUGUCUUUUUCACCACCAAACAAAUCGGCAGACGCCGCCAUCGAGAUUACUGAAAUGACCCGGCAAAGCACUCCAUCUUCUGGCGAAGCUGCAGCUCCAACGCCAUCAACAAGCUCUAUCGAAAGUGGCGAUAAGGCGCUGGAGGCGUUGGGCUAUACACCAGUAUUCAAACGCGAGUUCUCAAGGUGGUCCAGCUUCAGUUUUGCUAUGAGCAUAUCUGGAGUAUAUGGCACACUCAUGUCGACAUGGAUAUACGGCCUGCAAGCCGGAGGUGCGGCUGCUAUCAUGUGGAGUUGGAUCAUGGGCGGCGCUGGCGGGUGGGCACUUGCAUACAGUAUCGCUGAGAUCGCAUCUGCCUACCCCAGUUCCGGGGCCAUGUACUUCACCUUGAAGUUUCUCGCUCCUGAAGAGCAAGUUCCCUUUCUAUGUUGGAUUGCCGGUUAUCUCAAUCUCGUGGGUACCGUUGCAGGUGGUGCCUCUACCGAAUAUGCCGCGAGCCAGAUGCUUCUUGCAGCUGUUUCGAUUACAUCCAACUUCAGCUACGUGCCCACACCAACCCAUGUUGUGGGUGUCAUGAUAGGGCUUACUAUUAUUCAUGCCAUGAUCAACACUCUACCGACGGCUUGGUUGAACCGGUUAACAAGCGGCUAUGUUGUCUUCCACAUUAGUGUUCUACUCGGCGCUUGUGUUACCUUGUUGGUCCAGAAGCGGCACGAUAUGCACGAUCUCAAAUAUGCCUUUACCGAUUUCCAGCCUUCAUCGGGCUGGAGCCCUCCUGGUUUUGCCUUUCUUUUUGGAUGCCUUACGCCAGCCUGGAUCAUGACUGGCUGUGAUGGUACAGCUCGCAUUGCUGAAGAAGCAAAGAACCCUCAGAUGGUUGUACCUAGAGCCAUUGCCAACGCGACCACGUUCACUUAUGUUAUUGGAUUCUUUUUCAACCUGGUCUUGGUUGUCUGCAUGGGCGACCCCAAAGACCUGAUAAAUAGCCCCAGUGGCCAACCGGUCGCACAACUCUUCUUCAAUGGCAUGGGCCGUGCUCCCGCAAUUUUCUUUACACUUUGCGGCUUCGGCGUGAUGAAUCUCGUGGCGAUCCCUGGUAUACAAGCCGGCAGUCGGACCAUUUUCGCCCUCUCCCGCGAUAACCUUCUUCCCUUCUCUCAUAUCUGGGUCCGUAUCUCCAAACGCUCACAAACUCCCCUUAUCGCCGUUUGGACGUAUGCUGUUCUAGAGAUCAUCAUCAAUCUUCUCGGCUUAGCAAGCAGUACUGCCAUUGGCGCCGUCUUCAAUGUGUGUACGGUUGCAUUGAACGUGUCCUAUGUCAUACCCAUCAUUUGCAAGAUGGUCUAUGGGCGCAUGCAGAAGGGGCCUUGGCAUAUGGGCAAAUAUAGUAUCUGGGUUAAUGCGUUUGCGGUUGCCUGGAAUUCGUUCAUGGCCGUGAUCUUUUUCUUCCCGACGCGGCUACCUGUUACACCUGAGAAUAUGAACUACGCCAUUGUUGUCUUUUUCUUCGUUUUCAUCUUUGCCCUCGGUUUCUGGUUUACCCAUGGACGCCAUUACUAUACCGGCCCCCUAACGCACUCGUCACGCGCUACCGAUAUGUCGGUCAUUAUGCCCGACGGAGUGUGA